AUGCGGUUCUCUCUGUUUUCAAUCACCCUCCUUUCCAUGGGCACCGGCGCCCUUGGCCAGAACCUGUGGUGCAACUCCGGAACCUCAGGCACUGGCGCUUGCGAAGCAGCUGGCAGGAACACCUACUGCUCAGCACAAUAUCUUCCGUGCCGGCUGCACGGCUACGAGUGGAUCCUGCUCUAG